CUCCUUUUACUUUUUUUUUUCGCCCGCGUUCCCUCUCUUCUCUACUUUAUGGAUGCUACGGUACAUAGUUUUGUACAUAGUUUUGGGUCAUUCUCCUUUUCUAUUUAUACUCUCCAAUCUUUCAAUUUUCUCGUUACCUUUAGGCUUCCUUAUUUUUGUAGUACCCUUAGUUCUGUCAACAUGGCAAAAUACACUCCUCUUCAUCGUGGACGUAAUAUCGAUCCUGCGCGAUGAAGGUUGAAACACCCGCUACCGAGUCUCUUGCAGAUUUCACAUGAUACGCGAGAGACAGUGAGCUUGUUCUCAAAUCAUGGAAUUGUCCAGGUCGGAAAA